AUAUAGACAUCAAAAAUUAUGAAUCAUAUUUUGGAGGAUGCGUUCUAUGAAAAUAUAAUAUUGUAAAAUGUGCGAAAAAUGGCGGAUAAUGUGAGAUUGGAAGAGAUUAUUGAUGUGGUUAUGAAUACAACAAUACUUCUUAUGUCAACUGCAAAUGAUAUUAGACAGCCUUCUGGAUUGUUAAUGACACAUUCAUCAACUACAACCCAAUCUACACCAUCUAUUAGCACAAGGGGCUUUAAUUUCAGUACUACAAAUAUGGAACACUCUAGAAUGUUUGCAAAUAAUAUAUCUUCUUCCACAAAUGAAAACAGACCCUUGAUAGAACAUGUAUGUAUUCAACCUGGCAUUUCAUUAAGGUCAUUACUAAAUAUCCAAAGAGUUCAGAAUCCAACAAACAGUGUACCACCUUCAUCUGAUAAUUAUAUCAUCAAUGUUGAGGAACAACCAACAAACAGUGUAAAUUUGCAUGAUUCAGUUCAUGACAAUCAUCAUCAUCAUCAUCAUCAUCAUCAAACAACUGCAACAGAGAGUUUUUUAAAUAAUAUUCGUGAGGCUGCAAAUGAGGUUGUGGGUGAAAGCCAAAACAAUAAUAGUAAUAAUGUUAUUAACCACAACAACAACAACAAUAAUUAUAACACAGAAGAAAAUGCAGCAGAAGCAGCACAAAUAAGAUCAGAUUUACGUGCAUUAGCUAGAAUAUUACUAAAAUAUAUUCGUUUUCUUUCUAUUCUUUUUGUUAAAGGCCUUUAUGAUCACAGAGCCAGUGUAUUAUACUUUAUAGUAUUAGUUGCUAUAUUUAAUUAUGCUAAUAACGUUGUAAAACGUGAAAUUGCGAAACAACACAAUAAAAGUUUGAUGUCACUUUUAGUUAUUACAUGUUAUAUUAUUGCAUGUAUAGCUUUUAUUAAUUUUGAAUGUGACACACAUAUACUUUCUCCAUAUACUCAACCUCUUACCGUUUGGGAACUAUUGUGGUCUGUUUUGAUAACUGACUUUGUUUUGAAACUGAUUACUAUUAUUUGUAAAGUUUUUGUAACAUGCUUGCCUUCAAAACUUCUGGCACUUCGGAAAAGGGGAAAAUAUUAUCUUAUGAUAGAAGCAACAUCUCAACUUUAUAGAUGUGUUGUACCUGUCCAGCCAUGGUUAUAUUAUUUUUUUGAAGCUUAUCAAGGACCAGAAAAAAUCUUGGGAACAUGUUUCUCUUUAAUAUAUACAGUAAACAAAGGAAAUGAUUUACUGUCACAUGUGAAGCUAUUUCGCACUGCUAUUUGGAAACUUUUUCAAAAUGUGAAUUUGGGCGUUUCACCAUCGAAAGAGCAAUUAGUAGCUUCGGGUGGUAUUUGUGCAAUUUGUCACGAGGAGUACUCUACGCCUGUGAGACUACAUUGUAAACAUAUUUUUUGUGAAACAUGUGUUUUAACAUGGUUCGAUCGAGAAUGUUCGUGCCCAUUAUGUCGAGCAGCAAUCGCGGAUGAUCCUAUUUAUCGAGAUGGCCAUACAACUCACUUUAUUCAAUUUUAUUGAC